CUGACGCUGCUCGUUGACCGGCACAGCCCUGUGCAGCGGCCCCAAUAAGGAUGUACGGGGAUGGGGAGGGCACCGUGUGGGACCGGGUCGCGCGUCCCCACCGGGACUGUAUGUGCUACCUUGGACCUCCGACUAACUUGCUGCCCAUCGGGAUGCGCAAGUCGCCCGAAGUGAGCCCCAGAAGGCUUUCGGACAUCAGCCCCCAGCUCAGACAGCUCAAGUACCUGGUGGUGGACGAGGCCAUCAAAGAGGACCUCAAGUGUUCCCGCUCAGUUGAGGACAUCAACAGCGCAUCCAUAGAGGAGCGAAUACUGCGGAUCACCGGCUACUAUGGCUAUCAACCUUGGAGUGGCAGUUAUAAGAGGGAAGACCGGCCCAGGGAGCACGCGGUGCAUGGCGGCCAAGAUGUGCAGUCGGCGGCGGGUGCGGCAGGACCCGAGGCGGCAUCCAGCAAGCGGAGGCUGCACUGUUGCAUCCGGAUAACGAUGGUGCAGGUGCGGAAGGCCCUGUGGGGAGUCGCCAUGGUGAUGUGCGUUUGCUCGUCGUGGGCAGGCUCCACCCAGCUGGCCAAGUUGACCUUUAAGCACUUUGACGCCCCUUUUACCCUCACUUGGUUCGCCACCACCUGGAACUGCCUCUUCUUCCCGCUCUACUACGUGGGCCACCUUUGCAAGAGUCCGGAGAGGCAAACAGCCAGACAGAGAUUAAGGGAGUGUUGUCGUUUUUUGGGGGAUGACGGGCUGAACCUCAAAGUGUUUUUCACCAAGGUGGCCCCAUUCGGCCUGCUGUGGAUCCUCACCAACUACUUGUACCUGCAGGCCCUCAGGAAGAUCAACACGACGGAUGUGUCUGCGCUCUUCUGUUGUAACAAGGCCUUCGUCUUCCUGCUCUCCUGGAUUGUACUCCGAGAUCGCUUCAUGGGGGUCAGGAUAGUUGCAGCCAUCUUGGCCAUAGCGGGCAUCGUCAUGAUGACCUACGCUGAUGGCUUCCACAGCCACUCGGUCAUUGGCAUCACCCUGGUUGUUACUUCAGCGUCCAUGUCUGCGCUAUACAAGGUGCUCUUCAAGAUGGUUCUGGGCAGUGCCAAAUUCGGGGAGGCGGCACUCUUCCUGACCAUUGUUGGAGCCGCCAACUUUGUGUUCCUGAGCAUUGUGCCCGUCAUCCUAUAUUUCACACGAGUAGAGUACGUUGGAUCAAUAGGUGACGUCCCCUGGGGGUACCUGUGUGGCGUCGCAGUCCUGCUUUUUGCUUUCAACAUCCUGGUCAACUUUGGUAUCGCUAUUACAUAUCCAAAGUUAAUAUCGCUCGGCAUCGUCUUAAGUGUUCCCGUCAAUGCCAUGGUGGACCUCUACAUGUGUGAGAUCCAUUUCAACACGGUGCGCCUCAUCGCCGUCUCCAUCAUUUGCCUGGGCUUCCUCAUGCUGCUCCUUCCAGAGGACUGGGACAAGUGCAUCAUCCAACUCAGCACCAGGCUACGCAAACGUGACGAGCCGGCAGAGGGCAGCGUGGAGGCGGCGGCCGCCACAGGGCUCAACUGGAGGGGCCGAGCCAGGACCUCCUUGUCCACAUUUGUACGCUGAUAGGGAAACGAGCCCCAUGUGAGCUUUUCACUCUCCUUGGAACCAAACUCUGGUAUGUGAACAAGAAGAGAGAGCUGGUCAGCUGCAUGACAAAAUGUCAAUCAUUCCAUGGGUUCACCACAUCCUUAAUAACUUGCCUGAGGAAACAUCUUUUUGGGGAAGGCUUGCGCAAUAUGUGGACUUGCUGGAUUUAAAAGAAAACACUCAACAAUCCAAAGAAGAACUGCCUCCAAAUGCAGAAUUCCUGCAAAUAAAGGUGAGGUCCUUUGCGGCACCCCUCAGGCGUUACCAUGGCGGACACUUUGUACAUACAGCAGCUUGGGGUUCACGCCUGCUGACCUCGUGUGCCCAUACGGUGAUCUCAAGAUGCUUUUACUGCACCUCUCUUCAUCUUUGCACCGCUCUGAUUGGCACCCAGCAUGUGCUCUCCUUGGUUUAAAAUCAGGGGGACACCCGUCGCUGCAAUCAUGUCAAAAAAAAAAAACCCAGGUGGAAAAAAAAAAUCCAAGUGCAUUGCAUGAUGAGCUUGGAUUACCUUGGAAUGAGAAUACUUUCAAAGGGGGUUUGAGUACGAAAACCUCGAUUAACAAUUUAUAAAAGCAAAUAAAAAAAACACUUGGAUUUUUCCUUUGAACAGCAAACUUUUGAACUCAACACAUGCAGUUCAAAUUGUCACAUUAAAGGCCUACUGAAAUGAGAUUUUCUUAUUUAAACGGGGAUAGCAGGUCCAUUCUAUGUGUCAUACUUGAUCAUUUCACGAUAUUGCUAUAUUUUUGCUGAAAGGAUUUAGUAGAGAACAUCGACGAUAAAGUUUGCAACUUUUGGUCGCUAAUAGAAAAGUCCUGCCUUUACCGGAAGUAUGUGCGCGUGACGUCACGAGUUGCAGGGCCCCACAUAUAUUCACAUUGUUUUUAAUGGGAGCCACCAGCAGUAAGAACAAUUCGGACCAAGAAAGCGACAAUUUCCCCAUUAAUUUGAGCGAGGAUGAAAUAUUAUUGAAUUAGGAUAUUGAUAGUGAAGGACGAGAGAAAAAAAAAAAGGAAAAAAAAGCGACGGCUCCGGGCGGCAGCAAAGUGAGCGUUUCAGAAGUAAUUAGACACAUUUACUAGGAUAAUUCUGGAAUAUCCCUUAUCUGCUUAUUGUUUUAAUAGUGUUUUAGUGAGAUUUUAAAGAUAGUAAAGACAUACCUCGAGGUCGGAUGGCUGCGGUGAACACGCAGUGUCUCAGAGAGUGAAGUGAAGUGAAGUGAAUUAUAUUUAUAUAGCGCUUUUCUCAAGUGACUCAAAGCGCUUUAUAUAGUGACACCCAAUAUCUAAGUUACAUUUAAACCAGUGUGGGUGGCACUGGGAGCAGGUGGGUAAAGUGUCUUGCCCAAGGACACAACGGCAGUAACUAGGAUGGCACAAGUGGGAAUCGAACCUGUAACCCUCAAGUUGCUGGCACGGCCACUCUAUCAACCGAGCUAUACCGCCCCACAGCGGAGAGAAGCCGAGGAGCCAAGCUCACAGCUGCCUUUUUUGACAGCUGCUGCAGGACGAUGAUUAUGUCUCCGAUAUAAUAUAUAUCACAAUUUCCCCAUCCAAAAACAUGCUGGUUGUGGUAGAGAAACAUGUUCGCUUGACCGCUCCGCUUCACAACAAACAAAGAAACACCGGCUGUGUCUCGGUGCUAAAGGCAGCUGCAAUCCACCGCUUUCCACCAACAACAUUGUUCUUUAUAGUCUCCGUUAUUAAAUGAACAAAUUGCAAAAGAUUCAGCAACACAGAUGUUCAAAAUACUGUGUAAAUACGCGAUUAAAGCAGACGACUUUUAGCUGCGAGUGGUGCAGCGCUAAUAUUACCUAUCAUUCCGCAAAGUUUUCAACUAGAAACUCGCGGGGAAUUCAAAAUUGCAAUUUAGUAAACUAAAAAGGCCGUAUUGGCAUGUGUUGCAAUGUUAAUAUUUCAUCAUUGAUAUAUAAACUAUCAGACUGCGUGGUCGGUAGUAGUGGGUUUCAGUAGGCCUUUAAGUUCACCCGCCAAUCUAACUAUACACAAUACAGAGUAGUAUUGAAAAAAGAUUGAUAGUGGCAGUGAGUACCUACUCAGUGGCCUAGUGGUUAGAGUGUCCGCCCUGAGAUCGGUAGGUUAUGAGUUCAAACCCUGGCCGAGUCAUACCAAAGACUAUAAAAAUGGGGCCCGUUACCUCCCUGCUUAGCCGGGGGCGGACACUGCUACUGCUCACUGCUCCCCUCACCUCCCAGUGGGUGAACAAGGGGAUGGGGCAAAUGCAGAGGACAAAUUUCACCACACCUAGUGUGUGUGUGUGUGACAACCAUUGGUACUUUAAGGCAGUGUUCUUCAACCUUUUUUGAGCCAAGGCACAUUUUUUGCGGUGAAAAAAUGCGGAGGCACACCACCAGCAGAAAUUAUUAAAAAACUUGUCUCAAAGUAGGUGUACUGUCACCACCUGUCUCAUCACACCGUUACUUAUUUGGACUGUUUUGCUGUUUUCCUGUGUGUAGUCUUUUACUUAUUGUCUCGCGCUCCUAUUUUGGUGGCUUUUUCUGGGGUUUUUUUGUAUUUUCCUGUAGCAGUUUCAUGUCUUCCUUUGAGCGAUAUUUCACACAUAUACUUUGUUUUAGCAAUCAAGAAUAUUUCAGUUGUUUUUAUCUUUCUUCGUGGGGACAUUGUUGAUUUUUAUGUCACGUUCGGAUGUACAUUGUGGACGCUGUCUUUGCUCCACAGUAAGUCUUUGCUGUCGUCCAGCAUUCUGUUUCUGUUUACUUAGUAGCCAGUUCAGUUUUAGUUUCGUUCUGCAUAACCUUCCCUAAGCUUCAAUGCCUUUUCUUAGGGGCACUCACCUUUUUUUUAUUUUUGGUUCAAGCAUUAGAUACCUUUUUACUUGCACGUUGCCUCCCGCUGUUUCCGAUGUCUACAAAGCAAUUGGCUACAGACUACCACCUACUGAUACGGAAGAGUAUUACACGGUUACUCUGCUGAGCUCUAGACAGCACCGACACUCAACAACAACACAUCAUUUGCACACUAUAAUUACUGGUUUGCAAAAAUAUUUUCGACCCAAAUAGGUGAAAUUAGAUAAUCUCCCGCGGCACACUACACAGUCGUUGAAAAACACUGCUUUAAGGCAUUCAAUAAAAAUAUGUUUCUUGUAUUUUGCAAACUGGAAGCUAGGUCUAAACGCCUGAUAAUUGAGUUAAUACAAACGCUUGAGGAUUAAAAUAGUUUAAUAAUUGCCUCUAGUCAAAAUUGAGCAAUAUUUUCCACAUAAUUACUAUUAUUAUUUAGUAAUUCCUCAUAUGGUGGUUGCUGUGUUUCAUUACUCAACUGCAGAGAGUAGCGGGCUAGAAAAGUGGAGGAAACGAAGCAAAGCUCGACUACAAACUUUUGUAACAACGCGCUAUGAAAUGAGAUGAGCACCUGAGCCUUGACAGAAGAGCCACACGUGGGAACGUUGCCUUGUUGUGAAUGUAUUAACAUCACUACGUGCAAUAUGCUUUUUACUGUGCCACCAAGGACUUCUGUACACCUUCUUUUCUACAAGUACUCAUCCCUUGCUCCGACCCUCCCCCAGUGGUUUCGACCCCUACUUCACUGUUUUUCCAUUGUCAUCCUCUAUGACAAUAAACAAUGAUAUUCUAUUCCUCUGGAAUUAUCGCUAGACAUACAUGUAAACCUUUGUAAGGAUUGAUUAUUUUAUACACUGAAACAUAGGAUUAUAACAAUUAAGGAGGUAAUAAAUG